AUGGCGUCGCUAGCAGUAUUUGACUUUGACCGUACCAUUGUCGACGGGGAUUCGGACGCCACGAUAAUCAGCAGACUGCGCGAGAAGAAACCGCCGCCCGAGUGGGAGAAUAGCAAUCAUGACUGGACACCUUACAUGAGCAAUGUUUUCGAGCACGCGUACUCGGCCGGCAUGCGGCCCGACGAGAUCCUGGAGGCGAUCGCUUCGAUGCGGCCCACGCCGGGCGUCCUGGAGCUGAUCGCCACCCUCGCCGCCCACGGGUGGGACGUGCUGGUGCUCACCGACGCCAACAGCGUCUUCGUCGGCCACUGGCUGAAGACGCACGGGCUGCAGGACGCCGUCACGGCGGUGGUGACCAACAGGGCGUUCUGGCGCAACGGCCGCCUCUACAUAGAGCCGUGCAUGCACCAAACCGCGUGCCCCCGCUGCCCCGCCAACCUGUGCAAGUCGGCCGCGCUGGCCGAGUGGUGCGCCCGCCGCGCGUACACCGCCGUCGUGUACAGCGGCGACGGCAGGAACGACUUCUGCCCGGCCACGAGUCUACCGCCACACGCUACGGUGUUUCCCCGCCGCGGGUAUCCAAUGGACGACCUCAUAAAGAAGACCAUGGCGUCCCCAAAUCCCCUGGUGAAGGCGAAAGUGGUGCCCUGGGACGACUGCUACCGGAUACUAGACGAGAUCUUCCCUGGGCGGUCGCAGAUUAUAUCCAAC